CACAAUGCUGAUUCUGGAGCUACUACUGCUCAUGUCAGUGUUGAUCAAAGCAGAACAGCCAGACUGCAGACUACAGGGCAAAGCACAGCUGCCUGAGUUCAUCAAAGAUGGAGCUCUAAAGAUUGGAGGCAUCUUCACAUUUUACACAGGCUAUACUGGGGUGAUUCCGAGUUUUACCCGAUUACCCCCUCAACCAAAAUGCAAGGAUGUCAAUUACAGGGAAUUUAAAUUUGCAUGCACUAUGAUCUUCGCAAUAGAGGAAAUAAAUAAAAACCCAAAUAUACUCCCAAACCACACGCUGGGUUAUGAAAUCUUUAAUGCCUGCGGAUUCUCUAAUAUUCUGCAGUCUGCACUUUCACUGUCCAAUGGACAAGAUGUCGUCACUGAUGAAUUAAACUGCACCAAGGUGGAUACUGUACAGGCUAUAAUAGGUCAUUCAGGAUCCACUCCAACCAUUGGGUUUGCUAGAAUAACUGGCCGAUUCCGCAUACCUGUGAUCAGUCAUUUUGCUACAUGUGCUUGCCUGAGCAACAGAAGAGAGUUUCCUUCUUUCCUCAGAACUAUUCCAAGUGAUUACUACCAGAGCAGAGCACUGGCUCAGCUGGUGAAACAUUUUGGUUGGACAUGGGUGGGAGCCUUAAGCAAUGACAAUGAUUAUGGUAAAAAUGGCAUUGCCACAUUCAUUAAGGCUGCACAAGAGGAGGGAGUCUGUAUCGAAUACUCUCAGGCUUUUGAAAGCACAGGAUCAAAAACGUCAUUAAAAAAUAUUGUAGACACUAUCAGAACAUCCACAUCUAAGGUAAUAAUGGCUUUCAUGUCACACAGAGAGAUUAAGAUACUGGUGGAUGAGCUAUACAGGCAAAAUAUUACAGGACUGCAGUGGAUUGGAAGUGAUGCCUGGAUCACAGAUGACUCUCUAGCAGAUAGCCAAGGCCACACUUUGCUCAUUGGAUCUAUAGGAUUCACUGUCCGCAAUGCUCAAAUACAUGGACUAGGCCCUUUUCUACAAGAAGUCAACCCCUCCCAAUUUCCAAAAAGCAUGUUUCUCAGAGAAUUCUGGGAAAGCAUUUUUCAAUGCUCAUUGAGCCCAAAUGCAUUGCAAAGGGCAUGCAAUGGCUCAGAGCACUUGAAAUAUGUCAAACAUCCUUUCACUGAUGUGUCUGAUCUGAGAUAUGCCAAUAAUGUCUACAAGGCUGUGUAUGCAAUAGCUCAUGCACUGCAUAAUCUAUUAUCUUGUAAGCAACAAAAAGGCCCAUUUGCUAAUGCCACCUGUGCCCAACCAACUACAAUACAACCCUGGCAGAUUUUACAUUAUCUUCAGACUGUGAAUUUUAGCAUGAAUGCGGAAGAAACAGUCUUUUUCGAUAGCAAAGGUGACUCCCCUGCAAGAUAUGAACUGGUAAACUUACGAAAGGUCACAAAAGGCACAAUGGAAGUAGCAACUAUUGGCUACUAUGAUGCAAUUCAGCCUCGUGGGCAACAGUUUACUAUGAACAAUGUCAACAUCAUCUGGGGAGGAGGCCUAAGGACUGUGCCUGUGUCUCUAUGCAGUGAGAGCUGUCCCCUAGGCACUAGGAAAGCAGUGCAGAAAGGAAGGCCCAUCUGCUGUUUUGACUGUAUCCCAUGCCCUCCAGGAGAGAUUAGUAACACUACAGAUGCAUCUGACUGUGUGAAGUGCCCUUUUGGAUACUGGUCCAAUAGCAGAGGUGAUGAGUGUAUCAUAAAGACAGUGGAAUUCCUGUCAUUCACCGAAAUCAUGGGUAUCGUUUUGAUGAUGCUUGGGUUACUUGGGGCAUUUCUAACUAUGUUCAUAUUUGCAGUUUUCUUUCACUACAAAGACACACCAAUAGUGAAAGCCAACAACUCAGAGCUGAGCUUCCUGCUGCUCUUCUCACUGACUCUGUGUUUCCUCUGUUCACUUACUUUCAUUGGUCGACCCACUGAGUGGUCCUGUAUGUUGCGUCACACAGCAUUUGGGAUCACUUUUGUCCUCUGUAUCUCUUGUGUUUUGGGGAAAACAAUAGUGGUGUUAAUGGCUUUUAAAGCUACACUUCCAGGAAGAAAUGUCAUGAAAUGGUUUGGGCCUCUUCAACAGAGAAUCAGUGUUGUUAGCUUUACUCUUGUACAGGUCCUCAUCUGUGUCCUUUGGUUAACGAUAUCCCCACCUUCCCCAUAUAUGAACAUGAGCUACAACAGAGAAAAGAUCAUCCUAGAAUGCAGAUUAGGCUCAGCUGUCAGUUUCUGGGCUGUGCUCAGUUAUAUUGGUUUACUGGCUGUCUUGUGCUUCAUUCUGGCUUUUCUAGCUCGGAAGCUGCCUGAUAAUUUUAAUGAAGCCAAAUUCAUCACAUUCAGCAUGCUCAUAUUCUGUGCUGUAUGGAUUGCUUUUAUCCCAGCUUACAUAAGCACACCUGGAAAAUUUACAGUAGCAGUGGAGAUAUUUGCAAUUUUAGCUUCCAGUUAUAGUUUACUAAGCUGUAUUUUCAUUCCAAAAUGUUAUGUUAUCCUGCUAAGACCAGGUGCCAACACAAAAAAGCAUUUAUUAGGCAAAGUCCCACAUUAACCUGAUCAGAUAUUAUAAAAAGGAUGUGGCACAAACAUAACAAUUUUAACUAAAAUAAAAUAGCUGAAUAUAUAAAAAAUGCAAACAAAACAAAACAAAACAACAACAACAACAACAAAAAAACUACCAAGAUCAUCACAUCAGAUAUCAAAGGGCUCAGUGAAGACCUGAACAUUUUUCAGUCAUCCAAGUGAAUGCAACAGAUAUGAGUUUCAUAAUUUUCAUUAUCAGACCUUUAUGGGUGAAUAUAAGAAUAUGUGAGUUUUUUUAAUGAUAAAGUCAUGAUAACUUGCGGUUAAUGAUUGCAGCAUUGCCACGGUAGAUGAUUUAAUUUUCAAAAGAAUGUCAUGCCAGCUUCUCAAUGAAUGUACUGUAACUCAGAAAUGCUCUUAAUACAUUGCUUACUAGACUGAACUUUACAAAUAAAAUAUAUACCAACUGUAAACCUCCUGAAUACCUCCAUUCCCAUGGAAGACCUAAAUAACACAAAAGGCCAUAAAAAUCCCUUUCUAAACUAUCAUAUUAUUGUGUUUAGAUUAAUUAUAUAAGGUUGCACAGCCAUAACAUCAAAUUCAGAACUUGAGGGUAGCCUUGCCAUAUGGACCUUGUGAGGAAACACAAAACAACAAGCAUGCACAUCCUGUGGCCUAGAAAAAAAAAAAAAAAGAUCAAUUUCUAUUUAAAAUGUCAAAAGACAUCAGGUAUGUUUAAAAUUUUACCAUUUUUGGGUGAGUUGUCCAGAUAACAUCCAAUAUAUUUUUCCUCUACCUCAACUUUCUUCUGCCCUAUUGCUCUCUGCCCUAUGAUUUUUUUU